AUGUCCCAACAAUCUGAGCAACCUGAAAUUAAUCCAUCGGCGGUGACAAUUUCUACAUUGGGAUUUGUAGCUGCUCUUAUCACAAGUUUCAUGAACAUUAAUCUUGUGAAAAAUUAUACGAGAAUAUCGGUCCGUAUGGAGGAGUUACAAAACUAUUCGGAUGUGCCAUUGAAGCAGUUCUAG